AUGAAUACGGCCAAGGAUUUGAUCAAGAAAAAGAAGAUACAAGAAGUGGUUAGUUCUACCGAUUGGUCCAAACUUUCCCCUGAUGUUUUGCGAAAGAUCUUCGAAACCUUGAACCCCCUUGAUUCUCACCGAUCAAAACUCGUUUGCUCAGAUUGGUAUUCGGUCUGGAAAACAUGCGAUAAUCUGCCUCCAUGUCCGCUUCAGAUCAUACACAUAGGUGGUUCUCCGAUCUUGUCCGAACACCAUGUCUACCAACCAGACGGACAAGAUUUACACAAGAACCGUCGCCGGAUCAUACACGAAGAAGGUGGUUCUUCUACCUGGUCGGAAAACACUCACUACCCAAUAACACUCGCCGGAAAAAGUCUAAAGAGGAGCUCUUGUAUGGCUAGCUACGGGAGUUGGCUCCUGAUGGUUGAUCAUUGUGACAUCCAUCUUUUGAACCUUAUAACGUUUGAGAGGAUCAAUCUUCCAACAAUGAAUCUGCCAGCACUUGAUUUGAAUAAUAAUUGGGAACGUGGAUCCUUAAGCGGGGAAAAAGUGUCGAGAGACGUUCUCCAAUGGAAAAACGCAGCUGUUCUGUGGAUAGACGACAGGUCAGGUGAUUAUUUCGUUGCUUGGAUAUUCCGACAGACUUAUUUGAUCUCACACAAGAAGGGAGAUUAUUCGUGGUCGAGUUUCAAUAUCCAGGGCAAAGGUUCGGGGUUCAUGGAUGCGGCUUAUAGGAACAGUAAGCUUUACGUGUUGACAGUUGAUAAGCACAUCAAUAUUUUCGACUUCUCUCUAGAUUUACCUAGAAAGUGUAACCUUUGUAAGUAUACUCCUUUUCGCUUUGAUGAAAAACCGUGGGAAAGUAUUUGGAAGACGAGACUAGCUAUUAAGGAAUCAGGAGAGGUUCUCAUCGUCUUGAGCUUAAAAGAAGUGAAGAACGAUCAAGAGAAGCUUUUGUUUUACGUAUUUAAGAUGAAUCUUGAGAGUUGCAAGUGGGAGAGAGUGUACUCUAUUGGAGACAACGAGAUGUUGAUUUUUGGUCAAGGUGUUACGGUAAAAGCACCGGUUAAAGAUUGUUUUGGUCAUGGAAUCAAGAGUGGUUCAAUAAAUUUCGUUGAAGAUGAUGUUGGGCCAGAUCAUGAUGAUGAUGAUCAUGGUUCGGUCUGCGGGGUCUUCGAUCUUGCUACAAGUAGAAUCGAAUGGCCUAUGAGAACAUGUUAUUACAUAAGCAGAACUCAAUGGUUUGUUCCUGGAGUUGUUUAUUAUUAG